AUGCUUGAUGAUGUUCCGGCGCUUGAAGACCUCGUGACGAAUAUACUGGAAUAUGGCCAAAUCUGGAAAGGCGAUGGCUUAUUCGAUAGUGGUCUUGAUGGUGAGAAUGGAGUUAUACUCUCAGCUCGACACUAUAAAAAGUAUAUUCAGAAAAGUACCCAACGCGAGGGUUUUGCGAUUGAUCGUGUUACGGAUAAAAGAUCGUCAAGGGCCCAAAUAGGCAAAUUCAAGACACUAUCAAUGAUCGAUCGGUUUGGACGUCGAUUGUCUCAGGCAUUUGCUGAGACUGCCCAGGGCGAAGUAUACUUUUUCACCCGAUCAGGGUUGGAUAGAACUGCUUUUCCAGGUACUACGGUAUGGAGAGGUUGGGAAUACCCUGCUCUUACUCGAAAUCCCCGAGUCACCAAGAUCAUCCAAGUGGACCCCUUCAAGGAGGGAGAUCUGGGCCAUACAAUUUGGACUCCCGAUCAGGGCCCAUCUCGGAACCCCCCGAAGUCGGGGAAUGUGGCGUGGAAUAAGGUCUGGGGUUUGCGUUAUUACGCACCACUUGUCAGCAAUUGUGUUUGUCUUCCCUGCACAGGACUCAUGGGGAAAGGACAGUUUUUUGAACUACAACGCUUUGGAUCGGGUUGGUAG